CGAUCGGUUGAUAAAGCAAGAUGGCGUCUGACGGAGAAGUCCUAAACGCGGGCAUUAUAUUUCUGUAUUCUUACAUAUAUGUUGUUUAAUAGAGUACACACGGUUAAUAAUUGUUUGUAGCCGGAUACAUUAGUCUGAGCGCACUUUGACACUUCUCCUGUUUGCUAGCUUCACUUAAGGUAGCUUGCAGCUAGUUUAGCUGGCUAGUUAGCUUAGCUUGUUAGCUCCUAACGAAGAGACGCGGAAGUUAUUUAAACAUCGCUAAGUAGGGAACUAAUGUGAGUGUAAAGUGUUGUGAUUGUGGGAAAAUGUGCGAAAGAACGAUGGCAAAGUAUGGGGAGGAACUUUGUCCAACAAAAGAGGAGGACGAGCGACAACAUCAACUACUGGAUGUUUAUUAUAAGAAACAUCAUCAAGUUGUGUUACACAGAACAGACGUCUGUGAAGAACAACUUCUGCCUGAAAAACAGGAGUGUAGCUUCAGGAUGGUGAAGGAGGAUCCAUCAAAGAGGAAGACCAGGCGCUCCGGACUCUCUGGCGUCUCCUUUUCCUCUUUGACAAGGACCAUUCCCUGUAAAAAGGAAGAGGAAGACUCACCGACGCCCCACAAUAAAGAGGAAGAGGAGGAACACGGUGUCAGUCAGGAGGGAGAGCAUUUUGAAGGACUGAUGGAGUUCCCAGUGACUGGUGUCCCUGUGAAGAGUGAAGGUGAAGAGGUCAAAGGUGAAGGUGAGGAGAGGGGAGGGGCGAAGCCUCCAAGCAGCAACUCAACACAACACAUGACAACAGAAGCUGAUGGAGACCACUGUGGAGGAUCACAAGCAGACAAGCUCUUAGCUCCACUAUCAGAUAGUGAGGACACAACGUCACACUCUCCUGACACUGAUGAUGAAGACUCUAAAGAUGAUAAGACAUGUCACACUGACAACACUCACUUCACAUGUUCUCACUGUGACAAAACAUUUAAAUACCAUUGUCAUCUGAAAGUACACAUGAGAACACACACCGGAGAAAAAACUUUUAUCUGUUCACUCUGUGGUAAAGGUUUUGUAGAAAGUCACAAUUUGAAAGUACACAUGAGAAGACAUACUGGUGAAAAACCUUAUAUUUGUUCAAUCUGUGGUAAAGGUUUUGCACAAAGUUCAUGUUUGGUAAAACACAGAAGAAGACACACUGGAGAAAAAUCUUUUAUCUGUUCAAUCUGUGGUAAAGGUUUUGUUAUAAGUAACAAUUUGAAAGUGCACAUGAGAAUACACACAGAAGAAAAACGUUUUAAAUGUUUAAUAUGUGGUAAAGGUUUUGUAGAAAGUCGAUAUUUGAAAGUACACAUGAAAAUACACACUGGUGAAAAACAUUUUUCAUGUUCAAUCUGUGGCUUAUCUUUUACAAGGAAGGAUAUUUUGAAAGUGCACAUGAGAACACACACUGGUGAAAAACCUUUUUCCUGUUUAACAUGUGGUAAAGGUUUUACACAAAGUCGUUGUUUGAAAAGACACAUGAGAACACACACUGGUGAAAAAUCACAUUCCUGUUCAAUCUGCAACAGAAGCUUUUGUGACCGAUCAAACCUUGUUGCACACAUGAGAACACACCCAGGAGAGAAAGUGUUGAGUUGCAGUGUGUGUGGUGAACGAUUCUCUUAUAAGUACCAGUGUGAGAAACACAAGUGUGCUGGUGAGAACAGCAGCAGAAAAUGAAACUGCAGGAUUUGAAAUAAACUGUCAAGUCUUUAAUUGUGACUUUCUAACAACAUCAGCACAUAGAACAUGUGUGACAUUGUUGUUUGUGUAACAAUCUUUUUCAUAUGCUUCUACAUUUAUAGAUUAAAUAUUUUAUAUUAGUGCUUUUUUCAGUCAAGUACAUGCAUUAUAUAUGCAAUAUUGUGUACUUUUAUUCAAAGAUUAACAGAACAAUUUGACUGAAAAGGUGAGAUUAAACAGUACAAUGUUGCGAUCUGCUGCUCAGAUCUUCACGUGUUGGUUUUUUCAUUCUCAGUCUGACCCGUUUAUUUCCUGUUUUUGUCCAUCACUAUGGUUACACAUCAGUCCACCUGUUAGUCUCGCCCCGCACACCUGCUACUAAUUUUCACCCUCCUUUUUAAGCUCACCUUUUCUGUUUACUCAUUCUCGGAUCCUAAUUUGCCCACGCGCAUCAGUGACGACUCUCAUCCUUCGUAUGUAUUUUCUCGCUAGCUCUCACGCUAAGCCACUUUAUAUUCCAGCUUUCAUGCUGAAUGUUUUUGUUUACUCUUUUGUGUCCUCGUACCAAGUUUUAGUUUUCCUUGUGUUUUAUCCUAGCUUUCACGCUAGCGUCUUUUGUUUACCUUUUCUCUUUACAUCAGUGUUUUUGUUCAUAGCCUUUUGUUAUUAAAUAAAUACCUUAUAUCUUA